AUGCUGGAUUUAAGAGUAGCCACUCCUCAGAUCAUAUUAAACUACGCUCAGCUUCUUGAGGAGAACAGCUACUUUGAAGAUGCGUUCAAGGUUUACGAGAGAGGCGUGAAGAUCUUCAAGCAUCCCCACGUGAAAGACAUUUGGGUGACGUAUCUCUCGAAGUUUGUGAAGAGGUACGGUAACACAAAGAUGGAGCGGACGAGAGAGCUGUUUGAGAACGCCGUUGCAAGCUCCUCUGAUCCUCAACUGUACCUUGAGUAUGCAAAGUUUGAAGAAGAUCACGGUUUGGGGAAGAGGGCUAUGGAGGUUUACAGAGAAGCAACGAGAAAAGUCGCUGAUGAGAAGAAGCUUGAGGUGUAUGAGAUAUACAUAGCUCGUGCGGCAGAGAGAUUCGGGGUUGCAGGAACCAGGGAGGUUUACAAGGAAGCGAUAGAAUCAUCGGAGCUUCCAGAGAAGGAUGUGAAGACGAUGUGCAUGAGACUUGCGGAGCUGGAGAGGAGCAUCGGAGAAGUAGAUCGGGCUCGUGCAGUCUUCAGGUAUGCCUCGGAGUUUGCAGACGCUGAAGUGUUUGAGAAAUGGCAACAGUUUGAAGUGGAGCAUGGCAACGAAGAUACGUACAGAGACAUGCUUCGUGUUAAGCGUACUGUUACUUGCUCCGCCCUAUCUUCUCCUGCUCCGGUCAAGCCUCUCUCUGACACUCCUCCUCCACCUCCUCUCUCAGACAAGACACCUGUCAUCAAGAGAUCCAGGUCUCUGUCCGACCUUCUCACACCUAAGAAAGCGCGAAUCAUUUAUGCUCAUCCUGUAUCUCUCUCUAAUUGUCUUCUUCAUCAUCUCUUUUUGCUCUGUAUCUCUUUGUACCUUUGCAAUCUUAAUGUUCUCAAGCUGUACGUCUCUCUCCUUUCACUCUCAACGUUUCGUUCUGAGAAAAUGGCUCGCAAGAAGAUCAGAGAGUACGACUCAAAGAGACUGGUGAAGGAACACUUCAAGAGGCUCUCUGGCAGAGACUUACCUAUCAGAUCCGUUCAGAUUAACCAAGAGACUGAUCUGAAUGAGCUAGUAGAGAAGGAGCCAUGGCUCUCAUCAGAGAAGCUUGUGGUGAAACCUGAUAUGCUAUUUGGAAAACGUGGCAAAAGCGGUUUGGUUGCAUUGAAGCUAGACUUCGCUGAUGUUGCCACUUUUGUGAAAGAACGUUUGGGAAAAGAGGUAGAGAUGGGUGGAUGCAAAGGACCGAUAACAACGUUCAUUGUUGAACCGUUUGUCCCGCAUGACGAGGAGUUUUAUCUUAACAUUGUCUCUGAUAGACUCGGCUGCAGCAUAAGCUUCUCAGAGUGUGGAGGAAUUGACAUUGAGGAGAACUGGGACAAGGUCAAGACUAUCUCUGUACCAACGGGAUCCUCCUUAACAGCUGAGAUAUGUGCACCACUUGUUGCAACCCUUCCUCUAGAGAUCAAAGGGGAACUUGAAGAUUUUAUUCAAGUUAUCUUUACCCUAUUCGAAGAUCUUGAUUUCACUUUCUUGGAGAUGAAUCCUUUCGCAUUGGUUGAUGGAAAGCCUUAUCCUCUGGAUAUGAGGGGUGAGCUUGAUGACACUGCUGCUUUCAAAAACUUUAAGAAGUGGGGAGACAUUGAAUUCCCUAUGCCAUUUGGAAGAGUGAUGAGCUCCACAGAGAGCUUCAUCCAUGGUCUAGAUGAGAAGACAAGUGCGUCUUUGAAGUUCACUGUUCUGAAUCCUAAAGGAAGGAUUUGGACUAUGGUAGCUGGAGGAGGUGCAAGUGUCAUCUACGCCGAUACAGUUGGAGAUCUCGGAUAUGCAUCUGAGCUUGGUAAUUACGCUGAAUACAGUGGAGCACCCAAAGAAGACGAGGUUCUGCAAUACGCUAGAGUCGUCAUCGAUUGUGCUACAGCGAACCCGGAUGGAAAAACCAGAGCGCUGGUGAUCGGAGGUGGAAUUGCUAACUUCACUGAUGUUGCUGCUACUUUCAAUGGCAUAAUCAGAGCUCUCAGGGAGAAGGAAGCAAAGCUGAAAGCAGCAAGGAUGCAUAUAUAUGUGAGGAGAGGAGGACCAAAUUACCAAAAGGGACUUGCUAAAAUGAGAUCUCUUGGAGAUGAAAUUGGUGUCCCCAUCGAGGUGUAUGGACCUGAAGCGACCAUGACAGGUAUCUGCAAGGAGGCAAUUGAGUACAUCACAGCGGCUGCAUAA